UGUCAUAACAAGCGAGGCAAAGGAAAUCGUUCUCCGAGCCCUUGCGGUUUUGGGCUUUCCAUUCCACUUCCCACGUCCUCUGAGUCUCCUCCGUCUAUCUUUCUCUCUCUAAAGCUCACGAUCUCUCUCCCGCGCCAGUAGACGGAGACGACCUAUCCGGAGACGAACGCGCCGGUCUGCGGGCCGCUCCGCCAGCAAUGACUAUGAUGACCCCGCCGCCGCUCGAGCAGGAGGAUGACGAGAUGCUGGUUCCUCACCCGGAGUUCACCGAGGGCCCUCAGCCGAUGGAAGUGGCUCAAGUUGAAGCUCCCACCAUGGCGGAGAACCAGCCAGUGGAGGAUCCUCCCACCUCCAGGUUCACGUGGACGAUUGAAAAUUUCUCGAGGCUGAACACUAAGAAGCUGUACUCGGAGAUUUUCAUUGUUGGAGGCUAUAAGUGGCGGAUCUUGAUCUUUCCCAAAGGUAACAACGUGGAUCACUUGUCCAUGUACCUUGAUGUUGCUGAUUCUGGCACUCUUCCCUAUGGUUGGAGUAGAAAUGCACAAUUUAGCCUGGCUGUUUGCAAUCAAAUUCACAACAAGUUCACCAUAAGAAAAGACACUCAACACCAAUUUAAUGCUCGGGAAAGUGAUUGGGGUUUCACAUCAUUCAUGCCUCUUGGAGAUCUGUAUGAUCCGAUUAAAGGAUAUCUUGUCAACGAUACAUGUGUCAUUGAGGCUGAGGUUGCGGUCAGGAGGGUGGUUGAUUAUUGGAAUUAUGAUUCAAAAAAAGAAACAGGUUAUGUUGGUCUCAAGAAUCAAGGUGCUACUUGCUAUAUGAACUCUCUCCUUCAAACUUUGUACCAUAUUCCUUAUUUCAGGAAGGCUGUGUACCAUAUGCCAACUACUGAGAUUGAUAUUCCUUCUGCAAGCAUUCCCUUGGCACUGCAAAGCUUGUUUUAUAAGCUUCAAUAUAGCGAUAGUAGUGUUGCUACGAAAGAGCUGACUAAAUCAUUCGGAUGGGACAUGUAUGAUUCUUUUAUGCAACACGAUGUGCAAGAACUCAACCGAGUUCUUUGUGAGAAGUUGGAAGACAAAAUGAAGGGAACUGUCGUGGAAGGAGCGAUUCAGCAACUUUUUGAGGGACAUCAUAUGAAUUUUAUUGAGUGCAUAAAUGUAGAUUACAAGUCAAGUAGAAAGGAAUCAUUCUAUGAUCUUCAGCUAGAUGUGAAAGGUUGCAAGGAUGUGUAUGCUUCUUUUGAUAAGUAUGUUGAAGUGGAGCGGCUUGAAGGAGAUAACAAAUACCAUGCUGAACAAUAUGGUUUACAGGAUGCAAAGAAAGGUGCACUUUUUGUUGACUUCCCUCCUGUGUUGCAACUCCAACUAAAACGCUUUGAAUAUGACUACAUGCGUGACACAAUGGUGAAGAUAAAUGACCGGUAUGAGUUUCCUUUGCAACUAAACCUUGACAGAGAUAAUAGGAAGUAUCUUUCUCCUGAUGCUGACCAUACUGUCCGCAACCUUUAUACUCUCCAUAGUGUUCUAGUACAUAGUGGUGGUGUUCAUGGUGGACAUUACUAUGCUUUCAUCAGACCAACUCUGUCUGAUCAGUGGUAUAAGUUUGAUGAUGAGCGGGUAACUAAAGAAGAUGUGAAAAGGGCUCUAGAGGAGCAGUAUGGUGGGGAAGAAGAGGUGUUUGUUACAUUGCCAUCUAGGUGUCAGCUUUUCUUUCAAACUCACCUGAUUAUUUACUUUCUAACAUCUUUCCUUUCUAUGCUUCUUUGCCUUCUGCAGUUGCCACAGACAAAUCCCGGAUUUAAUAAUACUCCGUUCAAGUUUACAAAAUAUUCAAAUGCAUAUAUGCUUGUUUACAUUCGUGAAUCUGACAAGGAUAAGAUAAUUUGCAAUGUGGAUGAGAAGGAUAUCGCAGAACACCUUAGAAUAAGGCUGAAGAAAGAACAAGAGGAAAAGGAGCACAAGAAAAAGGAGAAAGCAGAGGCUCACCUUUAUACAAUUAUAAAGGUAGCUCGGGAUGAAGAUUUGGCCCAACAGACUGGAAAAGAUAUUUAUUUUGAUUUAGUUGAUCAUGAAAAGGUUCGCAGUUUCCGCAUACAGAAGCAAAUGCCUUUCAAUCUUUUCAAGGAUGAGGUAGCCAAGGAAUUUGGUGUCCCAGUCCAAUAUCAACGUUUUUGGUUGUGGGCUAAGCGGCAGAACCAUACCUACCGUCCCAAUAGGCCAUUGCAUCCGCAAGAGGAAGCACAAUCUGUUGGGCAACUAAGAGAAGUAUCAAAUAAAGCACACAAUGCUGAACUAAGGCUAUUCUUGGAGGUGGAACUUGGACCGGACCUUCGUGCUCUCCCUCCACCAGACAAGACCAAGGAAGAUAUACUAUUAUUUUUUAAACUUUAUGACCCUGAAAAAGAAGAGCUAAGAUAUGUUGGAAGACUUUUUGUGAAAGCUCUUGGGAAACCGUUGGAGAUAUUGUCAAAAUUAAAUCAAAUGGCUGGUUUCUCUCAAAAUGAAGAGAUUGAACUUUAUGAGGAAAUAAAGUUUGAUCCGAGUGUAAUGUGUGAACACAUCGACAAGAAGCUAUCUUUUCGGUCUAGCCAGCUUGAAGAUGGUGAUAUCAUUUGUUAUCAAAAAGCUCCUAUUCAAGAUAAUGAAGAUAAAUAUCGUUAUCCGGAUGUUCCUUCUUUUUUGGAAUAUGUUCAUAACCGACAGGUGGUCCAUUUUCGGUCAUUGGAGAGGCCAAAGGAGGAUGAUUUUAGCUUGGAGUUGUCAAAGCUUUUCACCUAUGAUGACGUUGUAGAAAGACUUGCUCGACAUAUUGGUCUUGAUGACCCAUCAAAGAUACGGUUGACAUCUCAUAACUGCUAUUCUCAACAGCCUAAACCCCAACCUGUCAAAUACAGAGGUGUAGAGCAUCUUUCGGACAUGCUUGUCCACUACAACCAGAUCUCGGACAUAUUGUACUAUGAAGUUUUGGAUAUUCCUCUUCCAGAAUUGCAAGGUUUAAAAACUCUUAAAGUUGCAUUUCAUCAUGCCACGAAGGAUGAGGUAGUGAUUCACAACAUCAGGCUACCAAAAAGCAGUACUGUUGCUGAUGUGAUUAAUGACUUGAAAACAAAGGUCGAACUGUCUCAUCCUAAUGCGGAACUCCGAUUAAUUGAGGUUUUCUACCACAAAAUUUACAAGAUCUUUCCGCCCUCUGAGAAGAUAGAAAACAUAAAUGAUCAGUACUGGACCCUGCGUGCUGAGGAGAUUCCAGAAGAAGAGAAAAACCUUGGUUCACAUAAUCGCUUGAUUCAUGUCUAUCACUUCAUGAAGGAUCCUAAUCAAAACCAAAUGCAGGUUCAGAACUUUGGGGAGCCUUUCUUCUUGGUUAUCCAUGAUGGCGAGACACUAGCUGAGAUUAAAUUGCGCAUUCAGAAGAAACUGCAAGUUCCUGAUGAGGAAUUCUCGAAGUGGAAAUUUGCACUAUUGUCACUUGGACGCCCUGAAUACUUGCAGGAUUCUGAUAUUAUUGCUGGCCGAUUUCAGAGGAGAGAUGUCUAUGGAGCCUGGGAACAAUAUCUUGGAUUGGAGCAUUCUGACACCACACCUAAAAGGGCUUAUACGGCUAAUCAGAGUCGUCACGCCUACGAAAAACCUGUGAAAAUCUACAACUAAUGAAUGUCAUCAUUCUUUGUCGUGUGAGUUCCUGACAUGGAGAAAACGCCUCGACAUCCUGUGUGGCAUAGAGGCCCGUGACAUUUAACCAUGGAAUCUGAGUUGCCUAUGAUGAACCCAAAAAAAAAUGGAACUUCCACUCAUGUUUGGCAAUUGAGUCUGGUUUUGCCGGCUGUGGAAGCUCAACCUCAGACUAUCUGCUCCUGUUUAUUCCCGUAGCACUCUAGUUGAGUCCGUCAGUACAGUUUUAAGGUCACAUCGUCUCAAUCAGUGUAAUUCUAGUGCGCACAAGUAGAAGAAGAUUUUGACUUAGAUGUAUACAGAAUAUAUAUAGUUGGUUUCUCUCGCUCGUUUGAUUGUUUUGAUUUAUUCUCUCACUGCUACAUGGGGAUAUCGAUCAUAUGCUACUUUUGCUUCUGGGAGAAAGAUGGUGGGGUGUAUAAUUUGGUGAUUGGGUUGUCACUGCUUUGAUUUGUAGUAAACUGCGUAUGUAAAGAAACGAGCUUCCACCUCUUUUAGACUCCUCUUCUCUCCUAUCCUACUUUCUUAAUUUAUGCACCUGUUCUUUUUC